CAUUACACAGUAGUUCAAUUGAGCCACCAAAAAAGUCCUCGAUUGUGUACCCCUAGCAAGCAUUCGACAGUGAGACCAACGGUUAUUAAAUCGCGGUCAAAAUUGACGCGAAAAGUGUGAUUUCUCCGCUAUCCCAAGCGGCGAAAACUGCUGUGCGCGAAUGUAUGGUGAAUGGCUAGCGGAACGAUCGUCUUCUACGCUAGAGAUGCGAUAUCUGAGCAGCAGCGAUGGCAAUUGACAACAACAUCUGACGACACUUUGGCCGGUUGUUGAAAGUGUUUCGAUUCGAUAGUGCAAGGUUGAUUGUUCGACUGAAACCGUGGAAGGAGCUUUAGCGGGGCGGAGGGGUUUUUAUGGGUUUGCACGUGACACCCGGCUCACAGGGGGCAUAGUCGAAAAGAAUAAUUAAUAGAUAAGCUUUGCCAGAAAAAUUCAAUAUUAGUGUGCUCUAGUGUAAGAAAAAUAAUCAUAUAGUGUACAACAACAAGUGUUAAUUGUAUAAAAAAAAUAUCAGAGAAGUGUAAAAUUUUAAUAUAUAGAUAGUAAAUACGUCGGCAAAAAGCGGAGAAAGCAUCAUAAAGUGUGCGAUUGGUGAACAAAAAGUCGGGCGGCUCUCGGUAACCGCACAUUUUAAUAUCAGCCCAAAGAUAAACCCACGAACAGUGGGAGACAAAAACGAAACACACGCGACCUUUGUGUGCGCGUGUGUGAGUGUGUGUGUUUGGGUUCCUGAGUGAGUGCGUGUGAGUGUGCGUGAGUGGAGCAGCAACAACAAGAAAGAAAACCAGAAGAAAAUAAAUUGCAACCAUCAUCGUCGCCUCAAUCAGUACGGUACAAUAAAAAAUUAUUUAACCGACUGGCUCCACCAACGUACAUUGCAAGUACCCGGCAGCAUUUUCUAAGCUACCCGGGGUGUCACUCGGGACCGGAAAGAAAUCGGCGAAGAGGCGCUCAAUCGCCACCGGGAGAAAAAGGAGGAAAACAAAUCGUAUAAAUUGUCUAGUGAGAUUUGCGUGCGCCCUCCGGAAAGUGUAACACGAUUCCCCCGUUAACCGUAUCGACAAAUCCCGCUCAUCUCACCCCGUGACCGAACCGCACGCACCCACGUCGUACGCAACUGAUACACACACAAACCUACACACAUCCAUAAGAGAUCACAAGCGCGCGCGGGGGUGGUUUCCGCUAAACGUGUGCUGCAACCAUGUCGUCCGGAACAUUCGUGGACCGAAUCGAUCCGUUCGCCAAACGUUCGCUCAAAAAGAAGGGUAAAAAAUCUCAGGGUUCUUCGCGAUACCGGAGUUCACAGGAUGUCGAACUGCAACAGCUGCCAUCGCUUAAAGUGGAUUGCUGCAGUCUCGAGCAGGAGGAACUGUUCAUCCGGAAGUUGCGGCAAUGUUGCGUUUCCUUCGACUUCAUGGACCCGCUGUCGGAUCUCAAGGGCAAGGAAAUCAAGCGGGCAGCACUGAACGAUCUGUCGGCGUACAUCACACAUGGCCGCGGUGUGCUGACGGAGAAUGUCUAUCCAGAGAUUAUCAAAAUGAUAUCUGUCAACCUAUUUCGAACGCUCCCGCCCAGUGAAAAUCCGGACUUCGACCCGGAGGAAGAUGAUCCCACACUGGAAGCCUCCUGGCCCCAUCUGCAGCUGGUGUACGAAGUUUUUCUGCGUUUCCUAGAGUCGGCCGAUUUCCAGGCGACCUUCGGCAAAAAAGUGAUCGACCAGAAAUUCGUUUUACAGUUACUGGAACUGUUUGACUCCGAGGAUCCGAGAGAACGUGAUUUUUUGAAAACCGUUUUGCAUCGUAUAUAUGGCAAAUUUUUAGGAUUACGUGCUUUUAUUCGUAAGCAGAUAAAUAACAUAUUUCUACGUUUUAUAUACGAAACGGAACAUUUCAACGGAGUCGGCGAGCUGCUGGAAAUCUUGGGAAGUAUAAUCAACGGCUUCGCGCUGCCGCUGAAGGCCGAACACAAGCAGUUCCUGGUGAAGGUGCUGUUGCCGUUGCACAAGGUGAAGGUGUUAUCGCUGUACCAUGCCCAGCUCGCGUACUGCGUGGUCCAGUUCCUGGAGAAAGACGCCUCGCUGACGGAGCCGGUGGUGCGCGGGCUGCUCAAAUUCUGGCCAAAGACCUGCUCCCAGAAGGAGGUGAUGUUCCUCGGCGAAAUUGAGGAAAUACUAGACGUGAUCGAACCACCCCAGUUCGUCAAAAUCCAGGAACCCUUGUUCCGGCAGAUCGCCAAAUGCGUGUCGAGUCCACACUUCCAGGUCGCUGAACGGGCGCUCUACUUUUGGAACAAUGAGUACGCGAUGUCACUGAUAGAGGAUAACAAUGCCGUCAUCAUGCCGAUCAUGUUCCCGGCACUCUACCGAAUCAGCAAGGAACACUGGAAUCAGACGAUCGUGGCCCUGGUCUACAAUGUUUUGAAAACGUUCAUGGAGAUGAACUCGAAGUUAUUUGACGAGCUGACCGCCAGUUACAAGGCGGAACGGCAGAAGGAAAAGAAACGCGAACGGGAACGGGAAGAGUUGUGGAAACGAUUGCAUGAGCUCGAAAGCUCCCACCGACCGGACGGUACCGGGGAGUCUGCUGGUGGCCUGGUGAACGAUGGCGGCGCUCCCGGCACCGGUGGGGGUCAACUGCAUGCUGGUUCCGGUGGUUCGCAAUUGAAUCCCAACGCGCUAUCAUCCGCCACAUCCACAUCGUCGUCCUCGUCACCAUCGUCCGUUACUUCCGCUAGCAACCUAGUCGGUGCCGGUGGGGCAGCCAGUUCGCAACCACCGCCCCCGGGAUCGAACAACAGUCAGCAAGCAGGUUCCGCAGCAUCCUCCGCUACGACCCCCAAUGCCGCCACCGGAGCGCCAUUAAAGUGAUGUACUGAGUAAUAUUAUUUUUAAAAUUACCCAUUGGUUCCGCUAUCAUGAAAUGUCCCCCAAAACUACCAACCAACCAACUAUCUCCUUUCCAUCAUAACCAUCAUCCACCAGCAACAACCUGCGAAGCCCCUUCCUUCCCUAGCGUUGUUUUGCGCCGGUCUGCUGAUCGAAAAACCAUCAAUUCAAUCAUCCCCUCUUCUCCGGCUCAUCCACUCGCGAAUAAAAAAAAUACAUUCAAACACUUCAAGAGAAGCAGAACAAAUCGCAGACAUCAUGCUCAGCUGGCCAAGGAACACACACACGCCUGUUAGUAAGGAUCAUAAUCUUUUUCUGAAUAAAUGCCAACGCAUUCAGCAACAUGAUGAGAGAAAAAACCUCCAUUUGGUUUUUGUUUUUCGUUUCGGUGUUGGAACGUGGCGGUGGCUCCAGAGGGUCCUUCCUAAAGCAAGGAAACGAAACCAGAAAACGCGGAAAUAUUCCGCAAAGUCGCGUCAUCAUGGCCAUCCCUCUAGCAAAAGAAAAAAAAGUAAAUGUUAUGAUUUAAACAAAAAGUAAAUAAAGAAAAAUUAUAAACCAAUAUCCGAUUGUUCGCUGAACGAAACAAUAUAAGUAACAGAACAAAACAAUCCUUUUUAUAUAGAGACACGUGAGCGAAUGACUAGGCAAACAAAGAAAACAAAACAUACAAACGAUACAAAACGUGGAAUGGGUAAUAACAAGUAUCAAAUUAAUAUACAAAAAGAAACUUACCUGCUGCUAUUAUUAUCAAGAGACAAAUAUGGGGGAGAGAAGUUUUUUAACGACAAGACAAUGCACCCACACCGCGCACGUACAUACAUACACACACUAACACCUCAUGCAUGCAUAUAUUCUACGAAUUACAACAAACAACUGUCAAGUUACAAUUGAAAAAAGGAUGAACGAACACCCAGUAGCCGGAAAAAAGACGGACAGAACACAAGCCCGGCAACGCACACCCUUCUCUCGAUGAAUAAUUUUCGACUAUUUUUUUCAUUUUCAAUUUAAGGAUUCUCCUUGGCUGCACUGAGUAAUAGUUACUUGUAUUUCGAUGUCCUGAAUCUAUCCGCAGGAAGAUUUUCAAAUGAUGUUGAUAGAUUUCCAUUGGAAAAUUCUGUAUCGAAUCAAAGUUCCGCAAUGAUGGUGCUUUCGAUUUCCAUCGAUUGAGUUGAAUGCUUGAUUUUAAUAAUUCAAACCGAGGACUCCAGAUAGUGAAGAUAUUAGUUUUGAUUGAUAAUUUUUCAAUAUUACCCGGAAGCGAUGAAUGAAGAAAUACGUUCUCGAAAAACAACAUCUGAAAUUGUAUUUUCGAUAACAAAAACAAUAACGUAACAGUUUACCUUUCUCAGUCUUUGGAACUUACUUUUCCGAAAGAUCAAAAUCAGUGUGUUAGCAAAACAGAAAUUUUGAAGACAUUUUUAAACAUUACAUUUUUCAUCUCUAGUUCUUCUUUAGGAAGGCUCAAGGAAGGCUUCAAAGUGGUUCCUUAAACCAGGAGUAUACAUGAGGGGAAAAAUUCUUUACUGUUUCCUAUGAUUCCAAUCGAAACUGGAUCCUUUUUCGGCAUGAAUUUUUGAACUAUUUUUUUAAUCCAUUUUGAACUCGGUACAAUUACGAAAUUAUGGCCCGAGUCAACAUCUAAAACAUUCGGUGUUCUUAAUUUGUCGAAAUCUUUUUUUUUUUUCAAGUAGCUCAAUUGAAAUUUUAGCGAGGUUACCCCUUUUUUUUUCAGACACUGAUUAGGAUGACAGGGUUCCAGUCUGAUAGAAACGGCAAAACAGUGGAAAAUUACUGCAAAAUAUCCGUGUCUUUCUUUUUGAAAAUACAAAUUAUGUCUUUUGCCAACUUUCGAAGCAAGUGGAAGAAUAAAAUAUGCAGAAAUGAUAAGUGAAUCUUAAUUUUGAAGAUUAUGCUGAUGGUUUCAUUUUUGCAUAAUAACCAAUUUUCGCUGAUCAUAACAUACACAAA